CCGCGGUCCGAGGGAGAAGAUGCUCGGGUUGUUUACGAAGUCGCAGCUGAUUCAGGUCCCGGCACGUCUUGCUUCCUCGAGGUUGUGUCAGAUAUCAACAAAGAUGUCCUCCGCAAAAUUGGAUCAGGUAGAAGAUGUGGACAUCGACACAGGUCGCUUCAAGUAUAUUUUGAUCAAAGUUCAUGACUCCCCAGAAGGAGGACCUGAAGUCACCAAGCAUAUCGUGAGAGGGUACUGUUCAGCAGGUUUCCAUGCUGAUGUGUAUGACAAGGUUGUGCCUGGAAUUGAAGCCAAGGGACUGGAUUGCGAGUGCGUCGGAGGAGGUCGUAUUCUGCACGAGCCAGACAAUAAAAGCAUUGAAGUUUUUGGCUACUCUCAAGGUUAUGGAAAGGCUGAUCAUUCAGUAUCUGUUGAGCUGCUGAAGAAGAAAUACCCUGACUAUGCCAAAAUUACUUUCUCCAAUGAUGGUUAUUAGAAGGAUAAUUUUCCUGAUUAUGUCUUCAAUGUAUUGAAUAGAUGUUUAAAUGUACCUUAAUUUGGCACCAAAUGUUUGUUUUGAAAAAAAGAAAGAAAGAAAAGGAUAGGAUAUCUUAAACAUGUUUUUUCAACCAAAAAAUGUACCAGUGAUAAAGGUGAAUAAAUGUUUGCAAUUUUA